AUGUCUGAAAACAAUCGAACAAAUGAUCCAAGAUUUGCUAAGUUUUACAGUGAUCCAAAAUUCAGAAAUACUAAACAGAAAGAUGUAAAAGUUAAAUUAGAUAACAGAUUUAGCAAAAGAGAUUUAGAGGUUAAAAGAAGAGCUAAAGUUGAUAAGUAUGGUAGAAAGAUUAAUGAAUCUUAUUCUAAUGAAAAGGAUUUAAAAGAUUUUGAUAAAUAUUUUGAAAAAGAGGAAGAAUCAACAGAUGAAUCUUCUGAAGAUAAAAACAGAGACAAAGAGGAACAUAGUGAUGAUGAUGAUGAGAAGAAAAGGGAAGCAGAAGAAGAAGUAGAAUCACCAAAGAAAAUAGUCGAUAGAGCUCGUGGGGAAGUCCCUUCUGAUUAUGUCAGUUCUUCUGAUGAAUAUACUUCCUCAGAUUCAGAGUCUUCUGAAAGCGAAAUGGAUAGUGAUGAAGAAGGCUAUUUUUCUUCAGAAAUUGAAAACCAAUCACAACCAGAAACAGGUGAUCCUUCAAAGACGUUAGCUGUUGUAAACUUAGAUUGGGAUCAUGUCAAAUCCUCUGACUUAAUGAUCACUUUCUCAAGUUUUAUUCCAAAUGGUGGUAAGAUUGAAAAGAUUUGCAUUUAUCCUAGUGAAUUUGGUAAGGAAAGAAUGAAACGUGAAGAAGUGGAGGGUCCACCAAGAGAAUUAUUUCAAAAGAAAAAAUCAAAACACAAAUCUAAUCAAAAUGUUGAAGAAGAAGAGGAUGUCUCUGAUGUCGAUAUUAAUGAUCUUUAUGAAGAAGGUGAUGCCGAAAAAGAUGUAGAUACUAAAGCAUUACGUCAAUAUCAAUUGGAAAGAUUAAGAUAUUAUUAUGCAAUUGUCUAUUGCAACAAUAUUGAAACAGCUAAAUCCAUUUAUGACAAUUGCGAUUCCACUGAAUAUGAAUCCACUGCCAAUAUGAUUGAUAUUAGAUAUGUUCCAGAAGGUAUGGAAUUUCAUGAUGAGCCAAGAGACCAAUGUGAUUCUAUACCAAAGAAUUAUAAACCAUUGAAUUUCAGCACCGAUGCAUUACAACAUUCAAAUGUCAAAUUAACGUGGGAUGAGACUCCUGCGGAUAGAAUAGAAAUUGCAAAGAGGGCCUUUUCACAAAAAGAGAUAGAUGACAUGGAUUUUAAAGCAUACCUUGCUUCUGACAGUGAAGAUGAAGAAGAUACCAUCAAUGAAACUUCUAAGAAUAAAUUAAAAGCAUUAGUAGGUAAUUCUUUUACAUCUAACGUUUUUGGUAAUAAUGGAAGUAAAUUUUCGACUGAAGAUGGUGAUAAUGAUGAAGACAAUGAAGACGAUGAAGGUGUUGAUAUGGAGAUUACAUUCACUCCUGGAUUGGACGGAGAUGCCAAUGAAAACAAUGGGUCUAAGAGUAAUAGUGAUGAGGAACAGGAAGAAAGUACAAUAGAUAAAAUAAAACGUAAACAAAAAGAACGUCGUAAAGCUAGAAAGGAGAGAGUUAAACAAUUGAAACAAGCUGCAGAACAAGAAAAGAAGGCAAAAUUAAAAUCGCUAAGAGAUAAAAAGAAUAAAAAAGUUGAGGAUAAAUUGGAUUCUAAAUCUAAAGCAGAAUUAGAAUUAUUAAUGAUGGAUGAAGAUGAAAAUAACACAGGCAGCACUAUUAAUAAAAAAGCACAUUUCAAUAUGAAUGACAUUCUCAAAUCAGAAAAGGAAAAGAAAAAGAAAUCAAAAUAUCAAAAGAAAGAUAGAAUUGUGGAAGAUGAGUUUAAACCAAACCUUGAAGAUGAUAGAUUUAAGGAAAUUUUUGAAGAUCAUGACUUUGCUAUAGAUCCUUCCCAACCAGAUUUUAAAGAAACUUCCACAAUGAAGACCAUUUUAGAAGAACGUAGUAAACGUAGUAGAAAUAAAAAGAAUAAUAAGAAAAGAUCAAAUCCAAUAAUAUCUAGUGAAUCAAACAACAAAUCAGAUAUUGCUAAUAUUGUUUCUAAGUUAAAAAAACAAAAGAAGUGA